AUGGCGUUCUUGCCUGCUCAGAACAACGGAGGUUCUUUCCAAGUCGAUCCCUCUGGUCUUGUGACUGGCGCUGUCAGUAAUCCAGCAUCCGAUGAUCAUGAUGUCUCACCCCAGCAAUGGCCGUUUGAUGCUGAACGUGACACCGCGCGGCAGCGCUACCAGGUACCCUCAAUACGACAAGUCCUCCGAACGCGACUUCAAUCGAGUAACAAAGAGACACCUUUCCUUGAUAGCCUCACCGAAUUAUUCUCAGGUACAUACCUAUCUAUCCCCGAGGCUGGCCAAGGCACUUUUGGUGCUUUGCAAGUUGUCAAGAAAUGGCUAGAGUCAUAUUUCAGAGAAUUCCAUGCGGUUUCGCCAGUUAUUCACGCGCCAACAUGGAAAAUUGAAAAUUAUCCCACCAUAUUGAUUGCAGCCAUGAGUUUGAUCGGCGCCUCAUCAGCUACAAACGGGCCUGGCAAGGAGCAAUUAGCCGCUCUGGGCCAGCUUUGCUCCAAGACCCUUCCUUUGAUUGCCGCUUCUGAUACCAAGAAUUACCAAGAUAUAAAUUACCUUACAGCACACUGUCUGAGCUCGAUAUAUUUUCUUGGUUCCGGCGACCGCCAGCUGUAUCAAAGCGCUGACCGCAGUCGAGGCCUUUUGAUCGCCAGUCUCCGAGGCUUGGGUAUUCUGGGUUCUUCAUUUACUCUCUCUAUGGAAGGAGAAAGAAAAAAGACCAACCUUAAUGCGACCCAGAACGAUAGGCAACAUCAUCUCCACCAGGAAUGGCUUUCCUGGAGGGAUCAACAACAAGAACUAAGAUUAGUGUGGACAGCGUUUGAAUUUGACUACACCUUCUCCACCUUGACUAGUAAGCGAGGGGCGAUCGAUCUGUCAGAACUUCCAACUCGAAUGCCAUGUGCAGAUUCCCUCUGGUCGGCGCCUUCUGCUCAAGCAUGGGCUGCACUGCAAGUUGACAUGAGUGAAAACAUGACUGGAGUAUCAUUAGCGUCGUCUUUGCGCACCGUCGCUUCAGGUAAGCCCUUACCUCCUGAUCUGUCACCUUACUCGAGGCGAUAUCUAUCUAUAGUCCUCGAUCGGCUUCUUUGGGAUUUGAAGCAGUUAGACAUGGUUUUCAUAACAGGGUGCCUGGGGUUGCCACACUCCUCAUGUGGUCAGCAGGAAAGAAAAGAAAACUUGCUAGAGGUAUUACGCAAGAUCCGCCACUCGCUCUGGCGACCGCGUUCCACUGAAGAACUCAUAAACCAUAGCCUUUCACUUAAUAGAUGGCAUGUCGACUCCUCCAUAAAAGCUGCAGAGCGCCAGUUAGCUAUGAGCUUUACAAGUGAUCCGCAGAAGUCACGUUCGUUGAUCUGGCAUGCUGCUCAGAUCAUAGGAAUCUCAAAUCAGUACAUCAUCUGUUCGCCUUGUGAGGUAUUGCGGAUUUUUGCUGCAUAUGCCUUUCUUAUCGCCCACGCUAUCUAUCACCCUCGACCGCAUCCAGAUGGCCCUACACACGCUACUGUUGAUCUUGCUCAAAUAUACCCGAAUGCAGAUCAGAUGACUGCUACCAAUCAAUGGAUCAAGCAGGGGGGAGGCGCCGGUGUUGGCUGUGUGACGGAUAUUUGGUCCGAAGAAGGCAUGCAAGCGCUCAUCCGAGAGGGGAGUGAAAGACUUGGUGGUAUAAUCAUUUGGAAGGCGGCCGAGAAAUUUAUUCGAGCUCUUCAAUACUUCGCGCGUCGGGAUCUAAGUAGCGUUGGUAUAUGAACACAAAAACAGCC